AUGAUGAUGGACAAGGCCGAUCCUUCCCAGAAGCUGCAUAACAAGAUGCGUUUAUGGGAGUUUCCGGAUCAGUAUGUGGUGGAGCCCACUGACGGCUCCUCCGCUUCCCGUCUGGCGAUUAGCCGACUCGACGGCUCCACAAGUCUUAUUGAUGACAUACCCCAGUUCAAGACGCUCCGUGUUCCUAAAAUUCAGACAAUAUAUGGUGUGGUAGGAAUGCUCAAGCUUUUGGCAGGAACAUACUUAUUUGUGAUAACUGAACGUGAAUGCGUUGGAUCUUAUCUGGGUUAUCCCAUUUUCAAAGUUGUCUCAAUGAAGGUUCUUCCUUGUGAUCACUCUGUCAAGAAUUCUCCAGAAGAACAGAAAAAAAUGGAGAGUGAAUUUUCUCGCUUGCUUAGUGUUGCAGAAAAGACUCCGGGUUUGUAUUUCUCGUAUGAUGUGAAUAUAACAUUGAGUGCUCAACGAUUGCAUGAUUUAGGAGAUGAAUCAAAAAUGCUUCCUCUUUGGAGACAAGCAGACCCUCGAUUUCUUUGGAACAGCUACAUGUUGGAAGUGCUAAUAGAUAACAAGCUUGAACCGUACCUUCUUCCUGUCAUGCAAGGCAGUUUUCAUAGCUUUCAAUCUGCCAUUGGGAAAGAUAUCCUUGAUGUUGCACUGAUUGCACGGAGAUGCACACGGAGAACUGGCACACGAAUGUGGAGAAGAGGAGCUGAUUCUGAUGGUUUUGUUGCAAAUUUUGUGGAAACUGAACAAAUUAUACAAUUGAAUGGUUACACUGCCUCCUUUAUUCAGGUUCGAGGGUCAAUACCUAUACUUUGGGAUCAGAUUGUUGAUUUGACAUAUAAACCAAAGUUCGAAAUUGUGAGGCCUGAGGAAGCACCACGAGUGGCUGAGCGACACUUUCUGGAUUUAAGAAAGAAAUAUGGGAAUGUUCUUGCUGUGGAUCUUGUCAACAAGCAUGGAGGUGAGGGACGCUUGUGUGAAAAAUUUGGUCUUGCAAUGGAACCUAUUGCCAGUGAUGAUGUGAGGUAG